AUGAACAAGACCUCUUCAACGAAAGACACAGUUACAUGUACCUACAAAGUCCAGUGCCCUGGCCAAAUUCAAAUAUUCGUCGCGGUCACCUGGUUUCGUGUCAAGGAUCAAGGGUUCACGAUUAGUAUCAUCGAUGAUCCGUCUUCACCUUUUAAAUUCAACGCAAAGCAUCUGCAAUUUGGAACAAGUAGAGGUAACAAAUUUUUUGGAUCAUCCGAUACUAAUAUUGAGAUAAUGUGGGAUCUUUCAUCGGCUAGAUAUGACACAGGGCCUGAUCCUGUUAGUGGAUUUUACGUGGCAGUAUUACUGAAUUCAGAGCUAAUUCUACUUCUCGGGGACAAAGAGGACCUGGAGGUGAAUAAAAUCAUAUAUAAGAUUAGUUUCAAACCAAAAUUUAGAUUGUUUUCGCGGAGUGAACGUUUAUCAGGGAGUUCAGCCUAUAGUACAAAGGCUCGAUUUUUCGACAAGGGGAGGAGUCAUGACAUUGUGAUCAGGUGCAUUGCGGAGGACAGGAUGCAGAGGGAGUUGGUACUGAGUGUUUUUAUAGACGAGAGGAAUGUGAUUGAGAUUAAAAGGCUGCAUUGGAAUUUCCGGGGAAAUGAAACAGUGUACAUUGAUGGAUGCUUGGUGGAUAUGAUGUGGGAUGUUCAUGAUUGGCUGUUUAAUCCGAAAUCAGGAGAUGCGCAUUUCAUGUUUAGGCCAAGGGCUGGACUGGACUGCAGGUUGUGGUUAGCAGAGGAUAAAUUGGAGAGGAAUGAGCAGGAAAAUUGUGGAGUUUCCUGGUUGAUUUGUGCCGCAAAGAAUCCUGAUUGA